AUGGUACCCAGUCGUAAUGUUUGCACGCUGCUAGCGGCAGUGGCUGUUGCCGGCGCUGCAUCGCCUUCCCACGACUUGUCGAGAUAUGCGUUGACCGAUACUGGGUCCGUCAAUGGCGGAAAUACCUUCCCCGGCGUCUCCCGGCCGCUCGGCAUGGUCAAGCUGGGGCCAGACCUAUACACCGGGGCCGACGCCUACUCGGGCUUCCAGCCCACCGGCAACUUCACCGGCUUCACCAUGCUGCACGAGAGCGGCACUGGCGGCGCCCCCAAGUACGGCGUCGUCUCGCAGAUGCCUUUCGUCGGCUACCUCGCCAACCCCCUAAGCGACGCCGUCAACGACACCCGCGCCGCCCCGGAUCGGACCGAGGUCGGCUACUACAGGGCUGCGCUCGGCUCCGGCACCACGGUGGAGCUGACCGCCUCGCAAAAGGCCGGUUUGUAUCAAUACACGUUCCCCAAGAGCGGCCACAAGCACGGCCGCUUCCACGUCGUCGUUGACGUGUCGCACGUCCUGUCGUCGUACCGCGGCCAGGGGCUCGAGCAGCACUUCCUGGGGGGCAACAUCACGGUCCGGAAGCACCACUCCUCCGGCCGGCUCGAGUACACCGGUUUCGGCACCUAUGAUAAUGGAUGGAACAGAGCGGGCCCCUGGACCGUCUACUUCUGCGGCCGAUUCGACGCUCCCGGCACCUUCCGGACCUUUCUUGGCGUGGACAAGCUCUCGGACCGGCUCGCUGAGUUCUCCACCAAGCCGAGCUACGAGUCCCGCUCGGCCCGGCUCGGGGCCGUCUUCACCUUCAACCGGACCCGAGUGGUGUCGCGCGUUGGUGUCUCCUUCAUCUCGGCCGCCCGGGCCUGCGCCAACGUCGACGGCGAGAUCCCCAAGCGGACGGCGCUCAAGACCGUCCGGCGGCAGACGCGCGACGCCUGGAACUCGGACGUAUUUGCCAAGGUGACGACGAGCGAGACCAACCUGACCAAGCUCAACCAGCUGUACACGGCCCUGUACUUUAUGCACCUGCUUCCCACCAACAAGACGGGGGAGAAUCCGCUUUGGCGGUCUCGGGAGCCGUACUAUGACGACAUCUUUACCUUUUGGGACACGCACCGUUGCACGACUGCCCUCUUCCACGUGCUGCAGCCGACCUAUUACGAGGAGCUCCUGCGGUCCAUGGUGGACGUCUGGCGUCAUCAAGGCUGGGUCUCGGACGGCCGCUCGUCCUUCUCCAACGGCGCCGUCCAGGGCGGCUCAAACAGCGACAACGUCUUUGCCGACGCCUUCAUCAAGGGCGUCGGCGGCAAGCUCAAUUGGGACGACGCCUUUGCCUCCAUGGUUACCAACGCCCAGACCGUCCCCACCAACAACCACGAUCCUCGCGAUCCCACCGGCUCGACCAAGGAGGGCCGCAGCGCACUACCCGACUGGCUGGAGCUCGGAUAUAUCACUCCGCGCUUCUCUCGCUCCGUCAGCCGGGCCGUCGAAUACUCCGUCAACGACUUUUCUCUGGCCGUCGUCGCCGCCGGGCUCGGCCGCCUCUCCGACUUCUCCACAUACCUAGAACGCUCGCGCAACUGGCGCAACCACUGGAACCCAAACAUAGAGGCCCUCGGCUUCUCCGGCUUCGUCGGGCCCCGGGACACCAGCGGCUUCCUCCCACAAGACCCCCUCUCGUGCGGCGGCUGCUACUGGCGCGACCUCUACUACCAGGCGCUGCCCUGGGAAUAUUCCUUUAACGCGCACCAUGAUCUCGCCCACCUCAUCCGCCUCUGCGGCGGACCAAAUGCCUUUGUCGCGCGCCUUGAAACCACUUUCAAGCCCGGCGUCUACUGGGGAAACGCCCAGUUCAACCAUACCAUAUUCAACCCCGGUAACGAGCCCAGCUUCACCACCCCCUACCUCUACAACUUCGCCAACCGCCAGGACCUCGCCGUCAAGCGCAGCCGCCACAUCGCCAAGUCCUACUACCACCCGACACCGAACGGCCUCCCCGGAAACAGCGACGCCGGCGCCAUGGAGUCGUGGCUGCUCUGGAACAUGAUUGGCCUCUACCCCAUGACCGGCCAGCCGUUUUUUCUCAUCGGCUCUCCCUGGUUCUCCGACCUGACCAUCGACCUGGGCCCGGGCAAGCGGCUCCAGAUCACGACGACCGGUGGACGCGAAGACGCUUUCUACGUCCAGUCGCUCAAGGUCAACGGCAUGCGUUGGCACAAGAGUUGGCUGACCUGGUACGACAUCUUUGCCACCGGCGGCACCUUGGAAUUCGAGCUGGGUAGCAAUCCGGUCAACUGGACGACAGGUCCGCCGCCGCCGAGUUUGGCAAGCUUGGAUCCCGAACAAGCCAAGACUCUGCUUGGAAACCUCACAACGCUUAAGACGUCAGGCCAGCUGCGGUGA